GCAAAGAAUAAAAAAACUGGAUACCAGCUCGGACAUGGUAACAAUAUCUCAAAAUAGCAGAUGACCAGUUCACUAUACUGACCAUGCUGGCCUAUCUUCAGGACCAUCCUGGACCAGAGAGGAACAGAGAACUCUUACACCGUAUGCAACUCCUGCGCAAAACACAGCCCCUGAAGACAUUCCUCUGCACACAAAAAUGUCCCAUCCUUUACACUCCCUGAACGGACCUGCAGCUGGCAAUGGAUCUCUGUCGCCUCUCUCAGUAACAGGAGCACCCAAGCAGGACUACCCAAGUGAGGAACAAGGAAACAAAGUGCACUGGGCAGCACUGCUGAUCCUCCUGCUGAUAAUCCCCACCAUUGGGGGGAACAUACUUGUCAUUCUGGCAGUGUCCCUGGAGAAGAAGUUGCAAUAUGCUACCAACUACUUUCUGACAUCCUUGGCGGUGGCAGAUUUGCUCGUGGGUCUGUUUGUGAUGCCAAUUGCUCUUCUCAUGAUAUUAUUUGACAAUACCUGGCCUUUACCAACUGCCUUGUGUCCUAUCUGGCUGUUCCUUGAUGUCCUCUUUUCCACAGCUUCCAUCAUGCACCUCUGUGCCAUCUCCCUGGACCGCUACAUUGCCAUAAAAAAGCCAAUCCAGGCCAGCCAGUACAAUUCAUGGGCUACAACAAUCAUCAAAAUCAUCGUGGUUUGGCUCAUCUCAAUAGGCAUUGCAAUUCCUGUCCCUAUCAGGGGCAUUGAGGAUGGAAAUGGCAACUCUACAAACAUCACGUGUUUCCUGACGCCUGAUCGUUUUCAUGACUUCAUUCUGUAUGGAUCAGUGGCUUCCUUCUUCAUUCCCCUCGCUAUCAUGAUCGUCACUUAUUUACUGACCAUCCAAGUGCUGCGCAAAAAGGCCUAUUUGAUCAACAAGCCGCCCCAGCGCUUCACCUGGUCAGCAGUGUCCACAGUCUUUCAGCGUGACACAACACCUGCCUCCUCACCAGAAAAGGUGGCCAUGCUAAACGGCUCCAGAAAGGACCAGACUUUGUCCAGUGACAUGCCUAUCAGCAGGACAUCCACCAUUGGGAGGAAGUCCAUGCAAACGAUAACCAAUGAACAAAGGGCGUCAAAAGUUCUGGGGAUUGUGUUUUUUCUUUUCUUGCUGAUGUGGUGCCCAUUCUUCAUAACAAACAUCAGCUCAGUUCUGUGCAACUCCUGCAACCAGGAGGUUUUUCAAAAGCUUUUGGAGAUAUUUGUUUGGAUAGGGUAUGUAUCCUCAGGAGUGAACCCUCUUGUAUAUACACUCUUCAACAAAACAUUUAGGGAGGCUUUCAGCAGGUACAUCACUUGCAACUAUCGGACCACAAAGCCUAUCAAGGCCCUUCGGCAGCGCUCCAGCAGGAUCUCUUUCAGAAGUUCCGUAGCAGAAAAUUCCAAGCUGUUUGUCAUGAAUGGGAUGAGAAAUGGGAUUAACCCCAUUAUGUACCAGAGCCCAAUGAGGCUGAGGAGCUCACCCAUCCAAGCAUCAUCGGCCAUUCUGCUGGAUACGUUGCUGCUCACCGAGAAUGAGGUUGAUAAAACAGAAGAACAAGUCAGCUAUGUAUAGUGGAAUGGCAGCCAUGUCCCUACAGCAUUACUGUAUGUAUUAUUCUAGAUAACUGCACUGUAAAAGGGUAUAAAUACUAUUGUUUUCUGUUAUUUAUGCAAGCAAUAUCUUAUAAAUUUAUAUUAAUUCCCCUCCUCCAAAGUCUCCUCUACUUUAACCCCAACCUCAUGGUGGCAACCACAACUUCA